AAGAGACCAGGCUGGUGGUUGAGGUGAGAAGCUAGAGGAGCUAGAGCGAGAGAGUCCCAUCGCAACACACAAAGGGAAGAGGAAGAGGAAGGCGAGGACGAUGGGCUUGCUCCUGCUGCUCCACGUCCUCCUCGUCGCGGCGGCGGCGACAGCUCCUGCAGCCGACGCAUGGGGCAAGGAGGGGCACUACAUGGUGUGCAAGAUCGCUGAGAGCUUUCUGACGAAAGAGGCAUCGACGGCGGUGAAGGAGCUGCUGCCGGGGUGGGCCGGCGGCGAGCUCGCGGAGACGUGCUCUUGGGCGGACACGCAGAGGUUCCGGUACCGCUGGUCCAGCCCGCUGCACUUCGCCGACACGCCAGGGGACUGCGAGUUCGACUACGCCCGGGACUGCCACAACACCAAAGGGGAGAAGAACAUGUGCGUGGUCGGAGCCAUCAACAACUACACGGCGGCGCUGAAAGACUCAUCAAGUCCAUUUGAUCCGACGGAGAGCUUGAUGUUCCUGGCGCACUUCGUCGGCGACGUCCACCAGCCUCUCCACUGCGGCCACACCGACGACCUCGGCGGCAACACCAUCGUCGUCCACUGGUACCGAAGGAAGACCAACCUGCACCACGUCUGGGACGUGAACGUCAUCGAGACGGCCAUGAAGGACUUCUACGGCAACGACCAGAGCACCAUGAUACAGGCCAUCCAGCAGAACAUCACGGAGGAGUGGGCUGAUGAGGAGAAGAAGUGGGAGGCCUGCCGUAGCCGGACAAAGACCUGUGCUGACAAGUACGCUGCAGAGAGCGCGAAGCUGGCCUGCACGGCGUACGAGGGUGUCGACCAGGACUCCACCUUGGAAGAUGACUACUUCUUCGCCGCGCUGCCGGUGGUUCAGAAGAGGAUCGCGCAAGGAGGCGUCAGGCUGGCCGCGAUCCUCAACAGGAUAUUUGGUGGGAACAGCAGAUCAGGCUUCAGAGCAGUUGAUUGAUCGAUCCAUACCAGUAGUAGAUAUCAAACGAUUGGACAUGUGGAGGAGUGGGUGGGGAGGGGCAGACAUGAUCUGCCAUCUGAAUUAGAAUAAUAAGAGGUAUCUUGUUGCCGUCUGGCAAUAUUG